AUGUAUAUUGCCGUUAUCUUAGAAAAUUUUUCUCAGGCACAAGAAGAUGUUCAACAAGGCUUAACUGAUGAUGAUUAUGAUAUGUAUUAUGAAAAAUGGCAACAUUUAGAUCCAUCAGGUUCACAAUUUAUACGAUAUGAUCAAUUAUCAGAUUUUGUUGAUAAUCUUGAACCACCAUUACGUAUUCCUAAACCAAAUCACUUAGUACUUGUUGGUUUAGAUUUACCAAUAUGUGAACAUGAUCGUAUGCAUUGUGUUGAUAUACUUGAUGGUCUUACAAAAUAUUUUCUUGGUACACUUCAUGUACCAAUAACAAGUACUGAAGCUGAUGCACCAAUUGAUAUAAAAAAAGAUCGUCCAAAAGAUUAUCAUCCCAUAACAACAACAGUACAACGUCAACGUAAAAUUUAUUUAAGUCGAAUAGGUUUAAAAGGUUUUCGAAAUAAUGUUGAGCGACGUCGAAAUGAACGAAAAAAUCAAGAAUUAAUGCUUGAAAAAACUAUAGAUGAUGAACUUAUUGAAUCAAAUGACUUAGAUACAACACCAUUAGUAUCGAAUGAUAAUCAAAAUUAUGAAACAAAUUGA